GUAACUAUUUCCGAGUUUGGUCACCGACCACUAUUUCAUUGAACUGUUGAUGUUUCCUUUUGGGAAACCGGCCUUCUUGAGUGCCACCAUGGUGAAGGGGAAGACCAAUGAGUGGAACAAGAAUGAUGACCGGCUUCUGCAGGCUGUGGAGAAUGGAGACGCGGAGAAGGUGGCCUCACUGCUGGGCAAGAAGGGGGCCAGUGCCACCAAACAGGACAGCGAGGGCAAGACCGCUUUUCAUCUUGCUGCUACAAAAGGACACGUGGAAUGCCUCAGGGUGAUGGUGACACAUGGCGUGGAUGUGACAGCCCAAGAUACUGCCGGACACAGUGCUCUGCACCUCGCAGCCAAGAACAACCACCACGAAUGCGUCAGGAAACUCCUCCAGUCUAAAUGCCCAGCCGAAAGUAUUGAUAGCUCUGGGAAAACAGCUUUACAUUUCUUAGCGGCACAGGGCUGCCUUCAAGCUGUGCAGGCUCUUUGCGAACACAAAAGCCCCAUAAACCUCAAGGAUUUGGAUGGGAACAUACCACUGCUUCUUGCAGUCCAAAGUGGCCACAGUGAGGUCUGUCACUUUCUUCUAGAUCAUGGAGCAGAUGUAAAUUCCAGGGACAAAAAUGGAAGAACUGCUCUCAUGGUGGCUUGUGAAAUUGGAGGCUCGAACAUUGUGGAAGCCUUAAUUAAAAAGGGUGCAGACCUAACCCUUGUAGAUUCUCUUGGACACAAUGCCUUACAUUAUUCCAAACUCUCAGAAAAUGCAGGAAUUCAAAGCCUUCUAUUAUCGAAAAUCUCUCAGGAUGUUGAUUUAAAGACACCAACAAAACCAAAGCAGUUGAGUGAUGUGUCUUCCCCAAGAUCAAUAACUUCAACACCACUUUCAGGAAAGGAGUCAGUAUUUUUCGCUGAACCUCCCUUCAAGGCUGAGAUCAGUUCCAUACGGGAAAACAAAGACAGACUGAGUGACAGUACUGCAGGUGCUGAUAGCUUACUGGAUGUAAGUUCUGAAGCUGACCAACAAGAUAUUCUUGUCCUAUUACAGGCAAAAGUUGCUUCUCUUACCUUACACAAUAAGGAAUUACAAGAUAAAUUGCAGGCCAAAACACCCAGGGAGGCUGAAGCUGACCUGAGCUUUGACUCUUACCACUCCACCCACACUGACUUGGCCCCAUCCCUGGGCAAACCUAGUGAAACCUCUCCCCCCGACUCCAAGUCCUCUCCAUCUGUCUUAACACAUCCCUUGAGUAAAUCUAAUGACAGCGAUGUCAGAAUUCAGCAACUACAAGAGAUUUUGCAAGACGUGCAAAACAGAUUGGAGAGCUCUGAAGCAGAGAAGAAACAGCUACAGGCUGAGCUCCAGUCCAGAAGGACAGAAUCGGUGUGCCUAAACAAUGCUGAGAUUUCCGAGAAUGGCUCCGACCUCAGCCAGAAACUUAAGGAAACUCAGAGCAAGUACGAGGAGGCGAUGAUGAAAGAAGUCCUGAGUGUGCAGAAGCAGAUGAAACUGGGCCUUGUCUCGACUGAGAGUGUGGAUAGUUACUCACAUCGUGAGCUAAGGAUCGCUGACGAGGAACUAGGUAUGCUAAAGCAGGAGCUCCAGAACGCGUUAGAAGAAAGUGAAAGAAAUAAAGACAAAGUGAGAGAGUUAGAGGAAAAACUUGUAGAGAGGGAGACAGGUGUGGUCAUCAAGCCACCUGUGGAAGAGUAUGAGGAAAUGAAAAGUUCCUACUGCUCUGUUAUUGAGAAUAUGAAUAAGGAGAAAGCAUUUUUGUUUGGGAAAUACCAAGAGGCCCAAGAAGAAGUCAUGAGAUUAAAAGAUACACUGAAAAGUCAGAUGACACAAGAGGCCGGUGAUGAGGCUGGGGACAUGAAAGAGGCCAUGAACAGGAUGAUAGAUGAACUCAACAAACAGGUGAGCGAGCUGUCCCAGCUGUACAAAGAAGCCCAGGCCGAGCUGGAGGAUUAUAGGAAGAGGAAGUCUCUAGAAGACGUAACAGCUGAAUACAUCCAUAAAGCAGAGCAUGAGAAACUGAUGCAGGUGACCAACGUAUCCAGGGCUAAGGCAGAAGAGGCACUGUCCGAAAUGAAGUCUCAGUACUCAAAAGUGUUGAACGAGUUGACACAGCUCAAACAACUGGUUGACGCCCAGAAAGAGAACUCUGUCUCCAUCACGGAACAUUUGCAGGUGAUAACUACGCUGAGGACGACUGCAAAAGAGUUGGAGGAAAAAGUCGGCAGUCUUAAAGAGAACCUUGCCAGCAAGGAAGUGGAGGUGGCCAAACUAGAGAAACAGCUGGUAGAGGAGAAGGCUGCGAUGUCCGAGGCGAUGGUGCCCAGGUCGGCCUAUGAAAAGCUCCAGUCGUCUUUAGAAAGUGAAGUGAGUGUGUUGGCAUCCAAACUGAAGGAUUCCGUAAAAGAGAAAGAGAAGGCCCAUUCAGAGGUUGCCCAGAUUAGAAGUGAAGUCUCACAAAUGAAAAGGGAAAAGGAAACUAUUCAGACUCUCUUGAAAUCCAAAGAGCAAGAAGUAAAUGAACUUUUGCAAAAAUUCCAGCAUGCUCAGGAAGAGCUUGCAGAAAUGAAGAGAUAUUCGGAGAGCUCUUCAAAACUGGAGGAGGAUAAAGACAAGAAGAUCAAUGAGAUGUCGAAGGAAGUCACCAAGUUGAAGGAGGCCCUGAACAGCCUCUCGCAGCUCUCCUACUCAGCGAGCGCCUCCAAGAGGCAGAGUCAGCAGCUGGAAGUGUUACAGCAGCAGGUCAAACAGCUGCAGAACCAGCUGGCGGAAUGCAAGAAACAACACCAGGAGGUCGUAUCUGUUUACAGGAUGCAUCUUCUGUACGCUGUGCAGGGCCAGAUGGAUGAAGAUGUCCAGAAAGUACUGAAGCAAAUUCUUACCAUGUGUAAAAACCAGUCCCAGAAGAAGUAGAGUGGAUUCCUUGGCAGGACACUGCCCCUUGCUCUCCAUCUUUGUGUUAGAUCCGGAGUUGUUGGCGACCACUGCCAUUGUUCUCAUUCGUGGUGUGUCCCGUGACCUAGCAUAGCUUCUUCCCUUUCCAAAGGCUUCUUUCUGAGGACUGGUCCCAGGAGAAACUGUCCUCCUCGGAACUGCUUAGAGACUUUAAACCAGCAGAGGUGAAAGGCGCUGUCAUUCCUUCAGAUUCUAGAGCUGGGAUCAGCCGUGCCCAGGAGUCUGGCCCUGGUGCUGGUGGACGGGCACCCUCCUCGGUACCUGACCGGCUGUGUGGCUUCGUCAUCACUGAGUGAUUAGUUGACACCUCCGUGUAGUAAAUGCUGCUUCAGUUUCUACACUCUGGCUGUGCCAUUAGUACAGGAGGGCUCUUUUUGCCUUUUGGUUUCCAAUCCCAAGACAUGAUUUGACUUCUAACCAAAUUAGUGUGUCACUAGUUAUGCGGUGCGUUCUUAAGACCCUUUAUCGUGAUAUCCUGUGGAUUUGAAAACUCUAAUUCCAUCUUUUUUCCCCCUCUGCCUUAUAUAUCUAAUUGUUCUGCUUGUCAACCUUAGUUUGAUGAGCACUACUAACUAAAA